CUGCGCGACAGCUUCUUUCCGCUCAAAACCUCCCUUGCACGGCGUUUAAGGAGCUGUAAUCGAAGCAUUACAGCGCCGACGCCUUCAUCUUGGACGGAGAGCAAUUGCCGCCGCCUUAAAGCGCGUAUUACCCGCGAUCCACAAAGUCUUUCAAACCAGCAGAGGCCAGUAUGCGCGCCCUACUCGCCCUCACGGCGCUGGCGCCGGCGCUAGCUUUGAUGAAGCCGCCCACGAACCCUUUGUUAGACGACGCGAAGCAAUUACUAGGCAACGCCGGCAAAUUUGCUCAGAAGAAAGUAGCCACGACGCUCGAAGACCUCGCGGCCCUGCCGGAGAAGACCAAGAAGGACGCGCAAUCCGCGCGACUCAAGCGCGCCUCCCAGUCGCGACAGAAGGCCCCCGAUCAAUUAAGCGCAGAACAGAUCGCGAAGUACGAGGCCCUCGGCCUAUCGUACGAGGACGGCGCCUGGAAGCGUAGUACAAAACGCCACGAGGCCUACAACGAGGAGAACGACAUCUCCAUAUAUGCGAGGACGGCGGAGCCCGACGUCUACGACGUGGAAAGGUGGCAGGACGACGCGGCUGCGGAAUUCGAGGACGAAUUUAUUGUUGAUCAGUACAUGCCGCGGCGGAAGCGGCGCUUCGUGCCCAAGCAAGCCGUCGCGGAGGAAGAGGUCGAGGUGAGCGAGGAUCUUACUAGGUUAGGCUUCCGGAACGACAACGGCAAGUGGUCGCGCACGGCGCCGCGCACUGGUGCUAGAACAGUUGUGAUAGAAGGCUCGAGAGGACGCACGCUGGAGGUCAAGGCCACGACGGAGACGGAUUUACAUGCUAUAUCAAGAUUAGAAUACAUCCUGACCUGGUCCCAACUGGAAACGCCGCAGAAUAUUUGGGACGCCUCAUUAAGAAUUGCGCGGGACCCGUCGUUUGUUUUCGUGUGGGCGGCUGCUACGGCUAGACUGGGGUUGCUGUUUUCUCAACAGUAUGGAUUGGACGACUUCUUCUCCACGGAACAGUUGACCCUCGACGCGUCUCCCGAGAUUUUAGUGGCCGGCUCCAUCUUCGUGCUAGCCGCCUACGCGCGGAAGGCGCACUGGAGCGGGUCGAGCGGGCCCCUGACCGUCGGUGCUCUCGAAAGAUCUAUCGCGGACGGCUGGUUCACGGGCUUCAGCCGCGCGCCGGACACGCCCCAGGGCCGCAAGGAGAACGGUCUGCCUUACGCCAUGGUUGCUUCGUUAUUAACCUUAUUGGCGGCGGCACCUCGAGUGGAAAUCCUCCACCACUACCUCCAGAAUCGAUUAGAAGCGGACAUCGCGGCGGCGAUGCCUUUGUUCAUCGUCGAGGACCAAACGCUGUGCGCGCUGGCCGUGUCGGCCCUCGCUAUUGUGGGGUGCGGCGGCGUCGCUGGAGCGAUGGAGUACUUUUCGCUGAACUGGGCGCGGCCGCCGCCCACAUUUUCUGACGAGAAGAACGCCAUCGCCGACGCCUUGGAGACCGAUGCUUUAUCUGCCCGAACGCUCGAAGCGCGGGCGGACAAGUGCGACGCCCAAAGGGAUGGCCCGGCCGUCAAGAAGUGUUAUGAUCAAGCCGCCCAACGCGCUUUAGAUGAGGGCGAGGCCUUCGAGCGCGUCGCGGACGCGUGGUUGAUGCACUUCCACGACACGUCGACGGCCGACGUCGAGGUCGACGACCGGGCCCGUGAAACAAAAAGCUACCCGGCGGUCGCCGCGGCGUUCGUGUCCGGGGCUUCGGCGGCUGCGGCGUACGCUGCAGGCGGCUUAGCGGCGCCGUUGGCUUUACACGCCGCUGGGUCCGUCGUGGACGCUAUUAUUCCGACGCCGGCCGACGUGCUGAAGCCCAAGAAAGCCACGUUCGACGUCGACGCCGUGUUGCCCAAGACCGCGACGCCGUGAAGUGUUCAUAGAAACGCGCUAUCUCUCUCCAGUGUAAAUAUCUAGUACUUUA